AUGAGGUUUUUCAUCAAGGAAGAUGCGGCGGCCGCCAGUGCCCAUGUCGCAAACUACAUUGUCGACAGGAUCAAUCACUUCGGCCCCACGCCAGCACACCCCUUCGUUCUGGGUCUCCCAACAGGGAGUACUCCGCUGGGUGUCUACAAGGCUCUGGUCGAGAAAUACAAGGCUGGCGAGGUCUCGUUCGAGAAUGUCGUCACUUUCAAUAUGGACGAGUACAUCGGCAUUCCAAGAGACCACCCCGAGAGCUAUCACUCCUUCAUGUGGAAGCACUUCUUUUCCCACGUAAACAUCCACCCCAGCAACGUCAACAUCCUUAACGGGAACGCCCCCAACCUAGAGUCCGAAUGCGUCCAGUAUGAGGAAAAGAUCAAAUCUGCUGGGGGUAUCGACCUGUUUUUGGCUGGCAUGGGCGAGGAUGGCCACAUUGCCUUCAACGAGCCCGGGUCGAGCCUGGCCUCCCGUACCCGUGUCAAGACCCUUGCUUAUGGCACCAUUCUCGCAAACAGCCGUUUCUUUGACAACGACCUGGACAAGGUGCCCAAGAUGGCCCUGACCGUCGGCGUCCAAACAGUACUAGAGGCUCGCGAGGUUGUGGUCAUGGCCCUCGGCGCCCGCAAGGCCCUCGCCCUGCAGCGCUGCGUCGAGCAGGGUGUCAACCACAUGUGGACGCUGUCAGCCCUGCAGUUACAUCCCCAUUCCAUGAUCGUAUGUGAUGAGGACGCCACGCUGGAGCUGCAAGUCAAGACAGUCAAGUACUUCAAGGACAUCGAACAAGUGGCCCGCUCCCAGGGCUUUGAACAGAUCCUUCCGUCCAAAAUUCGCACCGGGCCAACCAAGGUCCCGACGACCGUCGUGACCGACGACUUUCCGGCUGCCACCAUCCACUCUCCACAGCCCACCACCUCGCGCCUGCUUCGCGCCACCCCAGCCUCCGAGUAUCCCCUGCGCUCUCGCUCUCCCUCUCCAGACUGCGUUUCGCGCCAUCUUCGCACCAGCUCGGACACGGAGCAGACCCUGGGCACCGAGUACUCCGUCAUCUCCCGGUCCACUACUCCCGAUUUCAUGCCGGAUCGUAUGGCGUCUCGCAUUGGGGACCCGGCGCUCCUAAGGCGAACCACCCCUAAUCCAGAGUCACAAUUGCAGCUGCCGAUUAUGAGGACGGGUGUCAGAGUCUGA